AUGGGCUCCGGCGAUGAUAACGACCGCGACCUGGACCGGGACCGGGACCGGGACCGCGAUCGCUCCUCCUCCCGCCACCACCGCGACAGGCACCACGAGCGCUCCUCCUCCCGCUACCGUCGCGACGACAGGGACUUCGAUCGGGACCGGGGCCGCGAGGAGAGGGAGCAGGCGCGGCGGCGCGAGGGGAGGAGAGAUAGGGAGAGGCCGAGGCGGCGGGAUGCGGACGGGGAGGACGAGGACGGCGACCGCGACCGCAAGCGCCGCCGCGUGUCCUCGCAGCACCGCCGCCGGGACGGGGAGCCGGAGGCGGCGCCCACUACCAGGGACCAGGAGAGGGGCAUGGGGGCCGAGCAGCAGCGGCUCGACGACGAGAUGGAGCGCCGCCGCAUCCGCGUCAAGGACUGGCAGGAGAAGCGCCGCGAGCAGCAGGGUGCCACCGGGCCCAAGGCCGAGGCGGGCUGCGGUGCUGAGGCGGGGAAGAAGUGGAACUUGGAGAGCGAGGAGUCUGACGAGGAAGAGGAUGGCACGGAUUUGGGCGGAAGCAGUGUCAUGGAUGUUGAUUGCGACAAUGGGGGUAAUGCUACCAGUGGCCCUACUGAUGUGGAAGUGGAGGAGGAAGAGAUUGAUCCGCUUGACGCGUUCAUGAACACCAUGGUGCUGCCGGAGGUCGCAAAGCUGGAGAGCAAUCCAGCAUCAGUGGACGGUGUAAGGGAGGUUGCUGUCAGUACUGGGGGUAAGAAAGGGUUGAAGAUGGCGAUGGGGAGAAUCAUGCAAGGGGAUGACUCAGACUCGGAUUAUGGCGAUGAUGGUGAUGGUGUUGCUGGAUUGGAGGAUGAGGACGAUGAGGAGUUCAUGAAGCGCGUCAAGAAGACAAAGGUGGAGAAGCUGGCUGUUGUGGACCAUUCCAAGAUUGACUACCAGCCGUUCCGGAAGAAUUUCUACAUCGAGGCGAAGGACAUCAGGGAGAUGACAUCCGAGGAAGUGUCCGUUUACCGGAAGGAAUUGGAGCUCAAGGUGCACGGGAAAGAUGUGCCCAAGCCAAUUAAGACAUGGUUACAGAGUGGGCAGACUAGCAAGCUCCUUGACACCAUCAAGAAGCUUGGUUUCGAGAAACCCAUGCCUAUACAAGAGCAAGCGCUGCCGGUCAUCAUGAGUGGCCGUGAUUGCAUUGGUGUUGCAAAAACUGGAUCUGGCAAAACACUUGCGUUUCUCCUUCCGAUGCUCAGGCAUGUCAAAGACCAGCCACCUGUUGCUCCUGGAGAUGGUCCUGUUGGGCUCAUUGUGGCUCCUACAAGGGAGCUUGUGGUGCAGAUACACUCGGACAUUAAGAAGUUCUCUAAGAUGCUUGGCAUUAGUUGUGUUGCUGUCUAUGGAGGUUCAGGGGUUGCCCAGCAGAUCAGUGAACUGAAACGAGGUGCUGAAAUUGUCGUUUGCACACCAGGAAGGAUGAUCGAUAUCCUCUGUACUAGCAAUGGGAAAAUCACUAACCUUCGGAGAGUGACAUUCUUGGUGAUGGAUGAAGCUGAUAGAAUGUUCGACAUGGGUUUUGAGCCUCAGAUUACAAGGAUAAUUCAAAACACUCGGCGAGAUAGGCAGACAGUGCUUUUCUCAGCCACUUUUCCAAGGCAGGUAGAGAUGCUGGCGCGCAAGGUGCUGAUCAAACCCGUUGAGAUUCAGGUGGGUGGGAGGAGUGUGGUGAACAAAGACAUCACACAAGUAGUCGAGCAUGGAUACCAGUGCCUGUCUCUACAUGGUGGUAAAGACCAAGCUGAUCGUGAAUCAACUGUUGCUGAUUUCAAGAGCAAUAUCUGCAGCUUGCUGAUUGCUACUAGUGUUGCUGCUAGGGGUUUAGAUGUGAAAGAACUUGAAUUGGUUGUCAAUUAUGAUGUCCCUAACCACUAUGAGGACUAUGUUCAUCGUGUUGGGCGAACAGGCCGUGCUGGUAGGAAGGGCUCUGCUGUGACUUUUAUUUCCGAGGAAGAGGAGCGGUAUGCGCCAGACCUUGUGAAGGCAUUGGAGCUCUCUGAACAGACUGUUCCAGAGGACCUGAAAGCCUUAGCUGAUCGGUUUAUGGCAAAGGUGAAGCAGGGAACAGAGCGGACCCAUGGUACUGGUUAUGGUGGAAGCGGUUUCAAGUUCAAUGAGGAAGAGGAUGAAGCGCGGAAAUCCACAAAGAAGGCUCAGGCAAGGGAAUAUGGAUAUGAGGAGGAGAAGUCAGAUUCAGAUUUUGACGAGGAAGAGGUACAUAAGGCAGGAGAUGACCUGGACGUGCAGGCGGUUGGUGAUCCGAGCGCAAAUGAUGAAGCUAGGCUUCAUGCUCUUGAGGCUUUGGCACGGAUACAGCGCCAUGCGGUUCCUGACCACUACGAGGCUGAGCUUGAGAUUAAUGAUUUCCCACAGUAUGCUCGCUGGAGGAUCACUCACAAAGACACACUGGGUCCUAUUCAGGAAGGUGGUGUUGCUAUCACUAUAAGGGGAACAUAUAUUGCUCAAGGAAAAGUUGCUGGUGCCAAUGAGCGCAAACUGUACCUGUUUAUCGAGGGCCACUCAGAGUCUUGUGUGAAGAAGGCAAAAGCAGAGUUGAAACGUGUCCUUGAGGAUUGUGUCAGCCAGGUUCCCAAUCUACCCAAAUCUGCUCCAACUAAAAAAUACUCAGUUAUUUGA